AUGCCAAAAAUGGAAAGACAGAGAAAAGGUUUGUCUGAACAGUUUUAUCGCCUUCUCCGACUCAUCCCCCAAGCAUUUCUCCUCGACCUGAGGAACUCUUGCUGGGACAGAGAGUGGGGUGGAUGUCAGCAUUGGGAAGAAGCGCUGGAAACCAGAUGGGAUCGAGAGGUGGGAAAAUAGCCAGGAAGGGCUUGGAAAUGAAUGAGUCGGCAGCAUGAAUCAUCUUUUGCCCCCAAGCAGAAAAAAGCUUGUAGGCUGGGGUGUUGCUAUGGGGUAGUCCAAGGGGCGCAAACACCAACCAGGUCUUUCUUGCCAAGCCCCCAGAUCUCCUAUCCCAAAGGUGGGGAACUUUUAUCUGCCACAUUCCCUUCUGUUCAACCUUCUGAGAACCACAUGUCAGUGCUGGGCGGGGCCAGAGACAAAGGUGGGUGGUGCAAUUAUUAUACAUGUUACCUUUGUACAGUAGGCUGGCUUCUUCACACACUCACAAACCCCACUCCCUAUCUUCCAUCCAGGAAAGCAAGACAUCUUCAGGAGAAGAAAAGGCUUAAGGAGGAAACCCUACACAAAUCCGGAGUGUGGUCCCUAAGGCGGUUGGAUGGUGCUUUGUACACCUCCUUCUGGCAACUCCUGCAGCCAAGCUGGUGCCACAUGUAUUGCUCUGCUUUGCUUUGGACCACAUCAGCGAGGCUGAGAGGGGAGGGGUCUUGCCAUCUGGGCAGCCCAGGACCUCCACACACACUGCCCAGGCUUGCACCCCCAGAGAGGUUACUAUGCAGUUUGACUUUGUCUCUGACGGCGCACUCUCUCGAGAUAGAUGGGCGCCAACAACAAGGCAAGCAAGAGGCAUUAUCAGAGUCCAAGGACACAUUCCAGCCAAGCAUAACACUCAGGGUGUGAGGCUGCGCCAGUUGAGGGAUGGGGUCUAGGGCAAGGAGUAGGCAAACUAAGGCCCGGGGGCUGGAUGCGGCCCAAUCGCCUUCUAAAUCCGGCCCGCAGACAGUCCUGAAAUCAGUGUGUUUUUACAUGAGUAGAAUGUCUUCUUUUAUUUAAAAUGCAUCUCUGGGUUAUUUGUGGGGCAUAGGAAUUCGUUCAUUUCCCCCCCAAAAAUAUAGUCUGGCCCACCACAUGGUCUGAGGGACAGUGGACCGGCCCACGGCUGAAAAAGGUUGCUGAACCCUAGUCUAGGGAAAGUUCUAAGGGUCAAAUAGAAAGGUCUGGAGGGCCACAUUUGGCUCCGAAGGCCUGAGGUUACGCGCUCCUGCUGAAACUAGCAUAUGCAUAUUUUAUGCCAAUGUGUGCCACUUGGUGCAAAUUUGUGUCAGGAACCUGUGCCCCCCAGUUUUUUAAAUAGCUGACAGCCUCCCUGCUUAUAGGGUUGCUUGGAGUGGGUCAGCACAUCUGAGCCCAGGGGAAAGCCAAUGGAUCAACAUAGGAGAGGGUGGUAAGCAAGUAGCGCCACGACUCCACCCAGCCAAAACGUGGCCAUUGGCCUGAAUGAAGAACCACCACCAAGUUAAGUUUGGAAUAUAGAGGUUUCAAAUCCCAACUCAAAAGGCCACCUGUACCUGAGAAAGUCACGCUCACAAAUUCUUGGCUGCACAUUGGCUGUGUUGCACCAUGCAUUUACAGCUCACAUUGGGCGUUGGGAAUCAUAGUUCUGUGAGAAUUAUAGUUCCCAAUGUUCUUUGUGUGGGGUGCAUUAAACAUGCUUUGAAUGCAUGGUGCAUAGACAACCAUUUUGAGCAUUUAUAAGGGUGGGGGGAGCAGUUUCGUGAAAAUCCAACAGGGCAAUUGUGGGAGACAAAGAGGCACAGCGAACAAAGUACUGGAGGAAACAGUAUAAUUUGUUUACAAAAGGCUCUCCAGUUUUCUGUUGUGAUGCCUAAUGACUUUUAAGCCAAAUUCAAGGAGGACAAGGCUAUCAAUGGCUCUUAGUCAUCAUCUUCCCAUUCCAUUCAGAAUAAGAGGCAGCAUGGGGCAGGCAAGGGCCAGCUCAGGCGCAGAGCACCUGUUUUGCAUGCCAAAGAACACAGGUUCAAUCCCUGCCAUCUCUUGGUAGGUCUGAAAAAGACUCCUUGUCUGACACCCCAGGACAGUUGCUGGCAGCCAGUGUAGACAGCACUUAGCCAGCUGGUCAAUGGUUAGAGUCAGUGUUAAGACAUAUUUCCAUUUCCUUUCUUUCUUUUUUUUUUUUAUAAACGUCACACUUUACAUUUCAAUAAUAUAGGUCAAAUAAAUCAAAAAGUGACAUUUUAGAAAGAAGAAGGUUGGAGAGAGAAAUAUAAAGACAGAAUGUUACAUUAAUCUGAACACAUUGUGCUAGCUGUGAUUCCUGUGUUGCAUGGGGUUGGACUAAAUCACCCUUGGGCCCCUUCCAAUCUUCCAAUUCUAUGAUUCUAAGGAGAUAAAUAAUCUCUCACUCUACCAGUACUGGAUUGCCAGUAGUACAUCUGAAUAGGAUCUUGGGGUCUUAGUAGACCAUAGGCUUAACAUGAGCCAACAGUGUGAUGCAGCAGCAGAAAAAGCUAAUGCUAUUCUAGAUUGCAUCAGCAGAAGUAGUGUCCAGAUAAAGGGAAGUAAUAGUCCCGCUCUAGUCUGCCUUGAUCAGACCACACCUAGAAUAUUGCGUCCAGUUCCGGGAACCACAAUUUAAGAAGGAUGUUGACAAGCUGGAGCGUGUGCAGAGAGGGGCAACCAAGAUGAUUAAGGGUCUGGAAACCAAGCCUUCUGAAGAACAGUUGAGUGAGCUGGGUAUGUUUAGCCUGGGAAAGAGCAGACUGUGAUGAGAUAUGAUAGCCAUCUUCAAAUAUCUCACAUGGAAGAUGGAGCAAGCUUGUUUCCUCCUUUGUCUGGAGGGUGGCAACAUGAGAACGGGCCUUUUCUGCAUUGGCUCCGUUUAUGGAGCACUCUCCCCAGGAGGUUUGGCUGGCACCUUCAUUAUACACCUUUAGGCACCAGGCGAAAAUAUUCCUUUUUAACCAGGCCUUUGUCUGAAUGACACCUGAUGCCCUUUUAAAAUGUGUUGUGGAAAUUGGGGGUUACAGUGGUACCUUGGGUUAAUUACUUAAUUUGUUCCGGAGGUCCGUACUUAACCUGAAACUGUUCUUAACCUGAAGCACCACUUUAGCUAAUGGGGCCUCCCGCUGCUGCCGCGCCACCGGAGCACGAUUUCUGUUCUCAUCCUGAAGCAAAGUUCUUAAUCUGAAGUACUAUUUCUGGGUUAGCAGAGUCUGUAACCUGAAGCGUAUGUAACCCGAGGUACCACUGUAUUGGGUUGUCUUUGCUUUUAUUUUUACUAUGUAUUUAAUAUCUCAAUUUUAUGUUGUGAACUGUCCUGAGAUCUAUGGUUAUAGAAGGUAUACAAAUUUAAUUAACUUAACAACAACAACGGGACGUGGGUGGCACUGUGGGUUAAACCACAGUGCCUAGGACUUGCCAAUCGCAAGGUCGGCAGUUCGAAUCCCCGCGACAGGGUGAGCUUCCGUUGCUCGGUCCCUGCUCCUGCCAACCUAGCAGUUCGAAAGCACGUCAAAGUGCAAGUAGAUAAAUAGGUACCGCUCUCCAGCGGGAAGGUAAACGGCGUUUCCGUGUGCUGUACUGGUUCGCCAGACGCAGCUUAGUCACGCUGGCCACGUGACCCGGAAGCUGUCUUCAGACAAGCGCCGGCUCCCGGCCUCUUGAGCAAGAUGAGCGCGCAACCCUAGAGUCGGUCACGACUGGACCUGAUGGUCAGGGGUACCUUUACCUUUUUAACAACAACAACACCCCCCAAACCAAGGAGAUUCCCACCAAACACCAGGAAGAAUAAUCUUGCAGUAAGAGAGGUUGUGGACUCUCCUUUCUUGGGUUUUUUAAAGCAGAGGUUGGAUGGCCAUUUGCCAUGGAUGCUCUUAGUUGGGAUUCCUGCAUUGCAGGGGAUGGGACUAGAUGACCCUUGGGGUCCCAUCCAACUCUACAAUUCUGUGAUUCUAUGUUCCUAUAAAUACUAGUUCCUGGGAAACACAAUCAGCUGCUGCACUCAUGUCCUGUUUGUGGUUGGCUGCUGUGGUCAGCAGGAUGCCAGACUAAGAUGGGCCUCUGCUCUGAUGCAGCAGGGCUUUUCUUGUGACCAUAACAACUCUUCUGCAUCAGAGGCAGAAAGCACUUCUUCCUUUUCAUCUCCUGAAUGAGCCUCUUUGUCCCAGGCGAGAGUGAAAUCCAUCACCAAAUCUAGGGUUAGCCACGGAAUGUGGGUGCCGUCAUUCAAGAUGACACGGAGAUACAAGUUUGACAUUAAAUUUGCAUUUCAUGGUUUGAACGUCAAGUUGCAAGACACACAUUUUAAAAUUCCUUCACCACCCCCACUCUCCGACGGCUGAAUUUGAGAGCCAGUGUGGUAUAGUGGUUUGAGUGUCAGACUAGGACCCAGCAGGCCAGGGCUGAAACCCACACUGGGCCAUGAAGCUCGCUGGCUGACCUUGGGCCAUUCGCUGCCUCUCAGCCUAGCCUCCCUCACAGGGUUGUAGUGGGGAUUAAAUGAGGACGGGGAGAACCACGUGCUCUACCUUGAGCUCCUUUGAGGAAAAGGUGGGACAUAAAUGAAAUAAAAAUAAUAAAUGUUAUUAAUGUCAUAUUAUGCUGAUGUUUCAGCUUGGCAAAAGAUGGACGUUGCAUCCGUACGUUGCAUUUCAGAGGUUGUGCUUUGCCUAUGGGGUGGUGAGAUUUCUCAGCCAGGAGUAGAUCUUGCACUGGCAGUCAUGAGCAAGCUACAAAUCAGGCAACAUGCCCUAGGGUUGCCAUGUUUCAAAAAGCAUCAUUCCUGACACCAGGAACCCACCUAAAUUGUUGAGCUUUUGGGGGGGGGAAUUCCCCCAACAAUAAUGAUUUUAAGAUUUUGGAGCUGUUUUCGUUGCUUUUUCCAUCACAUUGCCCUACAUCCAGAUUUUCCCUGACAAUUUGCCAAUUCAGCAAAAUUCCCCCCGACGCCAUUUUUACGCCCGAAAACCAGGACAUUCUCCUGGUGUAUGGCAAGCCUAACAUGCCCAUCACACUCCUCUGCGUGUCAAACUUCAGCUUGGAGAUCAGUUCAAAGACCUUACAGCUGAAUUGCCAAAGCUGUUAAGAUACCAUCACACAUCAAUGAAUUCCUGUAUAACUCCCAUACCACACCCAAGGAACACAGAGAGAUAAAUCACAAACUCUGUAUGUAGUUUACAAAAACCCAUUAACAAUAAUAUACAGAAUUUCACCAUCUUCUGUUACAUUAAAUCUCAAAUAAUAUAUAUAAUGCCAAAAUAAUAAUGGCAUGCGCAAUUUUGAGAUACUGAAUUGCACAAGCCAUUAUUAUUUUGGCACUGUAUAUAUUAUAAACUACAUACAGAGUUGCUUAGUUUGUGGAUUCUAACUCCCAGCAGACCCAGCAGGCAAACCAGCAAUCAUGGAUGCAGAGAGAUAUAGUCUAGCACAUUGCAAAGGCUAAAGGUUCCUGGACCCCAGUUUUACAGGGCAGGUUUCCUUUAGAAGAGAGAGCACUGGAGAUGUCUGGGAUCUCUCACACACUAAGCUGUUCUGAACCCCUAGCCUAACUGGCAGCAAGGCAGCAUGCCAAGUCAAAAGUUCAAAGUGCAAGGAUCAACCCACACAAGCAAAGUCCAAAACCCCAAGUCCAAAGGUCAGGAAAUGGCCAGGGUCAAUCCAAGUAGCCAAGGCUGAAGUCCAGCAGUCAGGAUACAGUCCAGAGUCAAACCCAAAGUACAGUCCUAUGAAAGUCCAGGAGCAUCCAAAACAAGGUCCAUCAACAUGGGCAGUUGAGCAAACACAGCACCUCAGCUCUGCUUCCCUUUGGUACUUUGCAUGCUGAUUGCAGCAUCUGGGCUUGAGGAGGCAGGUGCCUUUCACCUGUUCCAAGCCUACAGCAGCUGAGGAAUCACACCUCUUCCCAGAGCUAGCAAGCCCCACCUAGCCAGCUAGUGUGCUGGGUUGUGGGCCCUUGCCUGCCUCAGCCUUCUAGAGUGCCCCUUGUGUGUCUGUGGAAACAGGGGCCCCUCUGUUUCUGGUGGUGGGUCCUAGUUCUCUGGUUCCUGUGCACUGACCCGCAUCCCCUUGUCAUGCUUCAUCACCCUGUGAGUACUUCCUUCCCCAUCCCCUGCUUGCCCCGGUGUUUUCCCGGUCCCAGCUACACCUCUCGGCAGGAUCCUCUUCCUCUUCCCUGUCAUCCUGCCAGUUCAUGACAUAUGCUAAGGGUGUAUAUGAGCCGCCCACCAAGCCUAUCUCGCUGACCUUUGGGGCUCUUCUUCAACCACAUAUCCUCACUGGCCCUGUUAUAUUCCCUUCUUCAGUGCUUUUUGCCUGGCUGGUAUGCGCCUUUUAAUUGUCAUAGGUCGCGUCCUCCCUGUGCAUUGAACCACAUGGCUUCCGUCAAAGAACCCUGGGAACUGCAGUUUGUCAAGGGCGCUGGGAAUUGUAGCUCAAUGAGGAGAUAAACUACAGUACCCAAUAUUCUUAAGGGGAAGCCAUAACAGUAAAAGUGGCAUAAAUGUGCUUUAGUUGGAAGGUGUUGAUGUAACCAGAAUGCUUCUUGGAGAGGUGAUUUUUGAUGGAGAGGCAUUUGUGUCUACUGCGUGUGCAGGAACCUCUGGGUUUUGCAUGGACCAAAUGUAAAUUUAACAAAUGAUGAUGAUAAUUAUGAUGAUGUAGCCAUGGCCCCACCCACCACUGGCAUACAGACCCCAACCUUACAUAUUUGUUUUGACCCAGGAGGUUCUUUAAGGUUCAGGGUUAAGCAAUUCCGCAACUCCUGCUUAUCUCAGCUGGCUGGGAGAUUGAAGCUGGUGAGAGUCAUCACGUUUCCUAAUGUAAACAAAACCCGUUUCCUAAAGCUAUUCAGGCUUGCAGUUUCCUAAAACCAAAGCUAUCUUUUAUUUGCCAGGAAGGAUUCCCGUUACUGCGUCUUAAGUAUAAAUCAGGAUCUGAGCUGAUGAUUUUUCCAAAGAACAAAUUCAGGUCUUUUUGUGAGAGUGCGUAUGUGCAGGCUAGUUUAAAAAUGGCACAAGUAGGUGCACAGAGGAAAUGCUAUGUGUUCAUCAGCUUUCGGCUUGAACACGCCAGCUUUGUGAAAACUAUGUCAAUCAUACAGGCAUCAAAUUGCUUGGAGUCCUUGUGGUCAUGGUUGCUUUUCCAGCAUCAAACAAAUUGCCCAUCCAUGCUUUGGAAGAAUCGAAGGUGGGGGGAGGGUGUCUCCCUUUUACAGGUCUCUACUGAGAUAAGGAUAGAGCUGGCUGUUUCAUAGGUGUUUUUGAAAUCAUGUCCAUUUCCUAUUGACAGUGAACAUCUGGCAACCUUUAAGAAGAAGGGGGGAAAGGCCUGGAGAGCAGAAGUUAUCUAAGACUCUGCAGUUUGGUGAGAAGGAGGGAAUGCCGGGGGUGGAGGUAGGCGGAGUGGUGGAUGAGAUUGUAGAAGUGGAGAAAAGUGGUGAGUGCCUUAUAAAAGAUCUGGGCCUCUUCUAGACAUCUUUCACUUUCAGUGCUAUGUAUGCAUGCAGUUUUCUUAGGCUGUUCAACCACCCCAACCCCCAGAUCUGGCCUUAACCUGAUUGGGAUGGUGCACACCAGCCACACCAGAAGGCUCAAGCUGUGGUGCAGGCCAAAUCAGUGAUCCUGGAGAAGAUGUUCCAAAUUGAGGGGAACCAAUACGGUGUUCUCCAGGGGUUCUUGGACUUCCAACUCCCAUCCUCCCCUCACCAUUGGCCAUGCCUGAUUCCAAAAGCUGGCAGUGAGUGUAAGUAAAAGAUGUGAAUGAUUUGUUUGGGCGUCUACUCUUCUGUUUUGAAGACCUCCUUCAGAUCUGUUUUAUGUUUGGGAAAUUUUACAAAGUUCUUAAGUGUGUUCAUACACACAACACACACACAAACACUAUAUCCUCUUGUUUUGUGUUGAUCCUUCUGCAACGACAGAGAAGUCUGAAGUAUAGAGUAAGCUACAGCAUGUAAUGGCAGCAUGCUGGUAACUGCUGCAGCUAGGGUGGGGACCCUGGUGCCAUCCAGAUGUGGUUGGACUGCAGCUCCCAUUGGCCCGCAUGGUCAAUAGUCAUGAAUAAUGGGAGUUGGAGUCCAGCAACAUCUGGAGAUCCAUAGAUUCUUCACUCCACAGCAUUUUGGAGGAGGAGGAGGAAGAGGAGAGCUUGACUGAUGGGUUGAUAUCCCAUGUUUUCUCUCUUUAGCAGGGCUUUCAAGGGCAGGAACCACAGCUCAGUGGCAGAGAACAUGAAGGUCCCAAGUUCAAUCCUUGGCAUAGAAAAUUAAAACAGCCAGGGAGCAGAGACUGGGAACAACCUCAGCCUGGAAAGCUGCUACCGGUCAGAACAGACCAGGGCUGGGGGACCUGUGGGCCUCCAGAUGUGGCUGGACUCCAACUCCCAUCAUACCUGAGCUUUGGCCAGACUGGCUGGGGCUCAUGGGAGUUGGAGUCCAAAGACAUCUAGAGAGGCACAGGUUCACAGGUGAUUCACAGGCAGGCCUCCUCCGUGGGGAAAAGCUAUAGGUCGGUGGAAGGGCCCCUGGUUUCACCCCUGGCAUCUCUGGAUAGGACUGGGGGUGUCCCAGGUCUAAAAGCCCUGCAAAGCCACUGCCAUUCAGUGUGGAAAAUGCUGAGCUGAAGGGGAGAAGGAUCAGAUGCCUGAGCCGCAGCUUACGUUCCUCUGCACCCAAAUGCCACUGCACACUCGUGUUGACGGAGGGUGGCCGGCGCCACCCCAACUCCCAGCACAAGCUCAACAAGUGAACCCCUAACCUCGCUCCCUGCCCAGCACAUGCAAACCUAGGGGAAAAUGCUACCUGUGGGGAGUUCAGCUUGAGCAGCUGUUAAAAGGCACAGGAGCCCUGCCAAGGGAACAACAGCAAUAUUAUUAGCAACCCUGUUUUACAUACCGCCCCCCCCCCCCUUCUUGGAAAUGAUUUUAAAUCACUUAAGGGCAAGGCUCGGCACAUUUCUCUUCCCCCCCCCCCCGCCCCCAACUACCCGGUUUCCAGGAGCGAUUAAACAGAUCUCAAUGCACGAGGAAAACUGGAAGCGGCCUCUACGUUUCUCUUCCUCUCUUAUAAAGGUCGGGUGGGAAGAGAAAGGAAAGACGGGCGGGGGGGGGGGGGAGGAGAGAGAGAUGAGAGGAAUGAAAUUCUUUCAAUUAUUUCGCGGUCAAAAGCCCCCUUUGGCCCGAUCGAGAGCGAGUAAUAAACAGGGGGAAAGGGCUGGGAGCGGGGGGGGGGGAAUGGAGGACCAAAGAGAAGACUUCUGAGUAUUCCCCGUACCACCACGCGCGAGGAAGGCCGCGGGGGGGGGGGAGAGAGAGACUCGCAGAGAAAUUAAGACAGGAAUUUGUGCAGGAUUUUUGGCGUUUCGAAAGCAAUGGAUGGUGCUUUUUUUCUUUUUUGGAAAGAGGCUAUUAAGCGCGAGAGCAAGCGGCUGGGCCUUUUCUAUGUGGGGCCUUGUUUGCAGACGUGUGAAUGAGCGAGCGAGCGAGCGAGCGAGCGAGAGAGAGAGAGAGAGAGAGGCGCAUUGAAUGGACUUGGAAGCGGAGAGGCAGAGAUCAGCCGGCAGGGAGGGGCGGGGGAAGGAGCCGAGGCUGGGAGCUCAGACAGCCUGGCGCCAGCAAACACCUGCGAGCAGCUAACAGGAACACAAUGGCAAACGCAGGUGGGGGAGUGCUGUCAAGCCAGGCCUCUCCCCACUGUUAAUCACGGCUGAUUGCAUCAGUUUCCAAAGCCUGCCAAGACCCACCAGCCAGCAGCCGGCCAGAGUUGUUCUCUGUGUCAGGAUUUUUUUUCUUUUCUAAUUUAAAGCAACUUUGCAUUAAUUCCCCCCCCCUUUCAGCACAAAAAGGGAGGGGGAGGGAAACAGGUGGGGGGAGGCUUCAGAGUAAGAGUCUCACUGGCUGAACGAAUAAAAGCCAAGCCGGAUCAGCUUGAGGGUUAUCGAUCUGAGCCCCCCCCCUCCAACCAGUAGGUUCCUGCCCUUUCUUGUGCCCUUGCAGUGCAGUGGAUCAGAGCAGGGUUAGGUUUGCCGAAGAGCAGGGCUGGGGUUGGUGCCCAGCAGCCUUGGGCUGCCAGCACUGUAGCAAGGCCCACUGCUGAUACCAGCCCUGCCCACCCCUUUUAAUUUCUCUCUCUCUCUCUCUCACACACACACACACACACACACACACCUCUUCACCAUAGCCUUCUGAACAACACUGGUUGGCUGGGUGGAGCGGCCAUGUCAGAUUUCCCACAGUGCUCUAGGACAGCAUUGUUCCAGGGCAUUAUGGGCAAUUAAAAUGGCUGCCUGGCGCAGCCACCCAGUGUGGCUUGUUUGCAAUGCUGUGGCUGCUUCUCCCAGGUGAAUCCAGAGAGGCUUACAAAUAUUUGCUUUGCCCAGGUGCCCUUGAACCUGAAGCCACUCCCGCCUCUGAAUAUGAAAGCAGAGACUGCUGCUACCAAUUGUGUAAUAAUAAAAUCGGACUUUUGACUAUCUUUCUUCUUUAGAUGUUGUGUGGUGGUUUCCAAGCUGUGUUUUGGGGAGGGGAGCAGGGGUCCGUUACUGAGUGUUUAUCGGGCGUUCUUUCGUGUUCUGAGGUUCAGACAUGGGUGUGCAAAUCUUCCCUAAAAGUUCUUGCCUGCCAAUGUGGAUCUUUCCUUGGGAAUCUGAAGGGGUUAAGGGAGUGUUGCCCAAAAUUCCUGGCCUUCUCUUGUGCAUCCCUAUCACUCUUGCCCUACAAAAGAGUUUUAGGGCUGCCUUCUGAUAUAGUUCUCAAGAGUCCUUGGGAGUGUUCCACAGCACUCCCUGUGACUACUCUUGCCCCACAAUUCAGAUUUGCAUGGGAAUGUUGCUUGCAACUGAUGGGAUUGCAACCAGGGCUAGCAUCCAUGCCUUGCAGAGUCGCAGAGAAUGCUUGCCCUUUGAGAAUGGUUGCACUGCCAUUCUGAUCCUGCUCUGCAAUCUGAAGUGGUGUGGGAGCAUUGGCCACCACUCCCAAUCUUCCUCUGCAUUUGAAAUUCAGUCAGUAGAGUGCAAAACUCCUUAAUCUCAGGGUUGGGGGUUUGAACCCCACAUUGGGCAAAAAAUUCCUCCAUUGCAGGGGGUUGGACCCUUAUGCUCCCUUCCAACUCUACAAUUCUAGGAUUUUAGGAAGCUGUACAAAAAUAUCAGGCACAGUACAGAGUGCAGUCUUGGUUGACAUUGGAGCCAGGGUGAGAGCAACUGGGAACAGCAGUGCCUUCCAUCCAGGGUGCAUUCUAGCGCAUGCCCCAGAAUCCUUUGCAGUAUGGCAAUAUAUCAAGCUGAGCUGUGCCUUUAAGCCCAUUCAAUGUUGUGAGCGAAAAAAAGUGCAUAUUGAGUCUCAUAGAACCAAACAUAAAAGCUCACAGCCCAAAAUUAAGCACAGGAUGCUGACCAGGAAUGCAAUGCUGACUCCUGCCAUUGCUGAUGUGGCAAAUCUUAGAAGGCACCCAUAGGAUGUGGCUGCAGGGCUUACCACAUCUUCAAACCAAUGUCCCUCUAGCCACUUAGCAGAAUCAUUCCUGAACAUUAAAUGUAUGGUUCUUUUCUUGAUUUGUUUCUCGCGGUCGUAUCCUGCCUUUUCCCCAAGGGAAGUUUACAUGGGGAUUGUGGUCACCACAACCCUGUGUGGUAGGUUAGGCACAGAGAAAGUACUUGACCUAAGGCCACCCAGUGAGAUUCAAGGUUGACCAGAAAUUGGAAUCCAGCCUUUCCAACCCAAAUCUUAAAAUUGCACUGCAGAUUGAUGUAUAUCCACAUGUUGACUGUACGUCUUGUGAUUUCAAAAUGCCAUGCAUGGUUGACGAACCUUGGCCACCUCUGCUGUCCCUACACUUGUUUCAGCCCUCGAAAUAUAAGGUUAUACCAUGGUUAAAGGUAAAGGGACCCCUGACCAUGAGGUCCAGUUGUGACCGACUCUGGGGUUGCAGCGCUCAUCUCGCUUUAUUGGCCGAGGGAGCUGGCGUACAGCUUCUGGGUCAUGUGGUCAGCAUGACUAAGCCACUUCUGGUGAACCAGAGGAGUGCACAGGAACACCGUUUACCUUCCUGCCGGAGCGGUACCUAUUUAUCUACUUGCACUUUGACACGCUUUCGAACUGCUAGGUUGGCAGGAGCAGAGACCGAGCAAUGGGAGUGCACCCCGUCGCAGGGAUUCGAACCGCCGACCUUCUGAUCGGCAAAUCCUAGGCUCUGUGGUUUAACCCACAGCGCCACCUGCGUCCCUAUACCAUGGUUAGGGAUCGGCAAAUCUGUCAGCUUUUGUUGACCCAGUUUCUCAAUUUUCCAAUCUUAAUCUCAGUUUUGCACCUUACUACAGAUUCCUCCCCCCUUCAAAACAGCUGUUAGUAUUUUACUACAAAUUUCUUCUAAUGAGCAGAUUUUUAUAUGCAGUAUUGACCAAUGUACUUACUAUUUCCCCAUGUAUUAUGAAUCUUUGUAUGAUAUUUUCACUAACAUGCAUUUAAAACACGCUUCCCCCUAAUGCACUCAUUUUUGGUACACAUAGCCAGGUUGGAGAACCAUGUUGCCAAAUUCAGGGACGUGUGAACUUGGAGGUGUUUGGGUUCACGUUCUGAUUCAAGUUUCUCAUGGAAAAGCAAACAAAAUUGAAUUUCUGCCAAUCGACUGAAAUUGGUUCUCAUGAAGAGGAGCCAGUGAGUGCCCUUAUGGAUGUCUCCACUGUAACAGUAGAGGACAGGGAACUACUAAAGCCUCAUGCGUCAUUCCCGGAGGAUCAUUGUCUCCCUGCAUAAUGUUACGGGUUAGUGAACCAUUCUUGGCUGGGGCCUGGAUCCAGUUUCCCAGCUCAAUAAUGCAGGAAAUAACGAUCUGCAUUCAGAGGUUUGUUGGGGUUUUUUGUUUUGGUUUUUUUUGGUGAGCUGGAUGCCUUCAAUGGAUGAUAAACAGCACUGCCAUUUGGAACCCUGCCCCAUUGUGCAAGCGUGUUAGAGAAGAGUCACAAGUUGUGGCAUCCCAUUUACUACAACUGGGGUGGGGUGGGGGGUGGGAAGAUUAUUGUGCUUGGUUUGCAUGUGUCUUGUAGCCUCAUUCCAUCCUUUAGAACGCCAACAGGAUAUGCUGGUCACAAUAUGUGAGUCACCCAAAACCAAAUCCUCUCUUGCCAUCCUCAAGAGACAGCUUAAAAGACAGAAACCCAAAAUGAAAACUAGUUCCCUGUGACUCAAUAUAUCUUUGCAGUGGCCCCAAUCCAGGGAGACAGCAACAACAAUAUUGACACACUGGGGAUGCUUUCAACUAACUUUACUCAGAGCAGAUACACUGACAUUAAUGAUGGGCCAAAGUUAGUCAUCAUGGCCAUUGAUUUCAGUAGACUUACUCGUGAGUAAAAGUUAGUUGAAUACAACCCAGGAAAGAUGGCAAGUAGAGUAUAGUUGAGCUUUCGGAGCAAUCCAGAUUGAUAGGUUGUUGUUGUUGUUUGCAGGCAUCUUCUGCAACAUGUCAUUGAUGCAAUAAUAAUGCUUUAGCAGUGGAUUAAUAUUGGACUACCCACACAUCGUCCCACUUUAUUAGUUGUUUUGCAUUGCUUUCUCAGUGCUACUGCAUUAUUGCUGUCCACAAGGGCACUUGGGCACUGUAAUGCAGCAAAAGCAGGACAACACACACACACACACACACGGGAAGAUCUGUGGCCUGAAAAGGUAUAGAAUCUCACUAGGAUGCUAUGGGACAAGUCCCAAUGGAAACAGAGCAUCAUGUCCGUCCCAAAACUUUUGCAGAUGAUACGGUAUUGAAAGUGGGAUUGCAUAUAACUGCCCCGAUCAUGAAUGCACAAGGGUUGUUCUGGUUUGAUCAUGCUCAUGUACAGCAUUGGGAGUCUCACUGAGGGCUGAAAAGCAACAUAUAAAUAUUAAAUAAUGCUCAACUCAGCAGAGAGAAGGAUGGGGACAACUAGAAUUAGUUGCCUCUGUCUGGAUCUGGCUCCACCUACUGUUGGGCUACUUCCCAUAUGCCCCACAAGUCUCAAUGGGCACCAGCCAUGGCUUUCUACAGACCCUCCAAGUGUCCCUGUUUUCCAAGGAGAGUCCCAGAUUUACAAAAGGCGUCCCAGUUUCUGAUUUGAUCCCAAAAUGUCUGGUUUUUACUUAGGGCGCCCCUAUUUCCAUUGGAGAAAUGUUGCAUGGUAUGGAGUUACAUGACCCACAAGCCAUGGAGAUAAGUAACUAUACAAUCUUUAGAAGACAUCUGAAGGCAGCCCUGUAUAGGGAAGUUUUCUAAAUGUUUUAUUAUGUUUUUAUAUAUGCUGGAAGCUGCCCAGAGUGGCUGGGGCAACCCAGUCAAAUGGGUGGAGGAACAACAACAACAACAACAACAACAUCCCUAUUUUCAUCGGAGAAAUGUUGGAAGGUAUGUUGUUAAAGGCCCACCAAUUCCACCUCACACAGUAGAUGUUCUGAAGAGAUUGUGUGGGGUGCAUGCCUGCUCCACCCCAACCUUCCCACGCGGAUCAGGAAAGUCUGUGUCUUCGUUUUCCACCAUGCAUAAGUGACCACCCUUGUGUUAAAUUCAAUUACAGUGGUACCUCUGGUUACGAACUUAAUUUGUUCCGGAGGUCCGUUCUUAACCUGAAACCGUUCUUAACCUGAGGUACCACUUUGGCUAAUGGGGCCUCCUGCUGCCACCACACAAUUUCUGUUCUCAUCCUGAGGUAAAUUUCUUAACCUGAGGUACUACUUCCAGGUUAGCGGAGUCUGUAACCUGAAGUGUUUGUAACCCGAGGUACCACUGUAGCAAGGAGCAGUGAUGAGGCCCAUUUUCAGGAACGUCGUCUGUUCAUCUUCAGCAGGAUCCUUUUAUCCCUGAUGGCGACUCAAGUUCAGAAAGCCCAGGGACCCAACAUUCCUCCUGGGAGACCCCUGCUUCUUCUUCCUCUCCCGGAAGUCAUGCCGGCCUGCAUCCGACUGCCUCACAGCUUUUACCAAACAUGCUUGGAAGCUGCCUGCCUCAAGCCAGGUGCUCUUGAGGGAGUGUUUCCACGCUGUUUGCCAUCAAUCACGAGCCUUUCAUAGCCAGUGAUUAUGUACACAGGAGCAGGAGCAGCUCCUGCCUGCCUGCCUGCCUGGGAGAAAUCAGGGUGGGGUGGGGGCUCUUGCUUUCCUUGAGUUUUCCCAGCCAGUACGUCAGGCACCCCCCAUCGAGCCCUCUUCCCCCCUCAUCCCCACUUAAUAUCUCCCACAUGUUAUGCUGAGCCAGACUCUUCUUCCACUGGCUAUAUAGGGGUUUAGAAAGAGACACCUGUACACAUACAUCACUGCCAUGAGCUAAGAGAGGGUGAUGAUCUACGAGAAUCCCCGUGGGCACUUCCUGUUGUAUUUACACAGGGAGCUGCUUUGAAGCUGGAGAAGGCCUGAAGGGAGAGAGGGAAAGGAGUCGGAUGGGCGCAUAUAAGUAAUAAAAUUAUUAUUCAUAACACGGCUCGGGAACUCUGGCAUCCUUUCCAUCAAACCACCCUAACCUCCACACAGGUUCGGCGGAAGGUGAUAGCAAACUGUAGCUCUCUCCAAGAGAGCUGAGAAGGGCUGGUCCAGGAGGGCAAAUGGUGCCCUGCCCCACCAAGCUCAGCUUGUCCUUAGCCAGCCCCUGCCUGCUUGCCUCCUCCUUGUGACCAGUCUAAGGGGUGCAGGGGUUGCCUACUUCCUCCUUAGUCUCAGGGUUGGCCUUGUAGAACUGAAAGGGGAUGAGGAUGAAUCAUAGAACACCUUCUGAACGUGGGGUUUUUUAUGACCAUGUGGCCAUGUCAUCUUUAGACUCAGAAGGUGCCUUCCCCAGCUGAAGUUCGUUCUCUAGGGCAAGUGAGGCACUGCCCCAAGAAUCUCAGCCAGCCUUCAGCCAAUCCCCAUCUUCCUUCCUUCUGGGUCCAUCCAGACAAGGAGGUGGCAAUGCCUGCCAGCUUCUUCCUCUCAGUUCUCCCCUUGUAAGACUCAACAGAGAGGAGAAUGGAGAGAGUCAAGCUACAAUUUGUUAAUCAGUUAAACCUAACUGUAGUCUGUGAGCUUCACUGAAGUGGUCCGCAGCAGCGGGUCUGUGGAUUUGUGGUUGAAGACACAAGACAUGACGCCCAUCAUGUUAAACAGUGCUUUUUUUCUAAAAAAAUGUUUAGGGGUACUCUCAUUUUCCUACUCAUAUUGAAAUACUGCCCCUCAAUGAGGCCAUACUUAGAUUCACAAAAUAUUUAGGGGUAUGCAUACACCUGUGUCCCCCACCCCCAGAAAAAAAUGCACCGAUGUUAAAUAUCUGUAACUGGUUUUCAGUUGUAUUUUUAUUGCUUCUUCUAUUUCUUAUACUGUGUUCCGUUGUGUUGGCAUUUAAAUUCCAUGUGGUUUAACUCCUAAUACAGUAGAAUAUAAUAUAUAUGAAAGAAAGAAUAAAAAAUGCAAUUAAAGAUCAUAUGGCAUUUAGCACACAGCACAUUGCAACUGCAAUUGCUACAGCAAGCAGAAAAGCCAUUAAGUGGUCCACCAAGAUCCUCAGCGAUCUUCAAGUGGUCUGUGGCGGUGGGGGGGGGUAGUUUGGGAACCACGGGAUUAAACUGUUGCAGCUCUAGUAUAACUAUAGAUUCAGAAGAUCUGUGAUUUUAAGAAGAGCAAUCUGUCACCUGCCUAGAUUGUGUGCAUGUGCAUGUGUGCAUAAUAUACAUAUAUAGAUAGAUAUGCUACUACUGCAAAGGCAGAAGGAACAGCACUUUCAUAUAUAUGCUAACAUGAAUUCCAUUUGCUGCUGAUUAGACUGGCAAUCCUUUCUAUGGAGAAAUUGCUCUGAUGUUCCUAUCCCUCUUUUUUUUUUUUUCUUUUUUUUUUUAAGCAUUGCAAAUGACUGCCCGGUCUCAAGAUGCUCCAGGCUGACUUGUGACAUCGAUCAAGAGUUGUUUCACAACAAGAGCAAGACAGCUGUGCAGCUGGGUGCGUGUGUGCGUAGGUGGCUCAUUUCCCUCCUGCUCCCUGCUCCCUUCUGGGAAUAAGGCUUACGUUAAUUACAUAGGGCUCCCUUAUCUUUUUCUUUCUGUCCUCCGAGGUAGGUCAAGAGUUCCAUGUGAAACUAGGAGACACCCAAAUACCCUGGCUGACCCAUCACCAACUAGAUGGCCUUUUAAACAACCGAGUAGCCAAGGCGGCAGCUACCAGGCCACUGGCUAACUUUGGAAAACCCCUUCUGACAACAGAGGAAUGGUAUCUGCAAUACACAAAAAUACUGAUCCACGCCACUACAGGCCCCUUCACCACAAUCAAAGACCAAUGGGAACGUGACACAGGACACAAAAAAACUCAACCCGAUGGUCAGAACUUUGGCCUAAGUCACACUUUAAAUAUAUCUCAGCCAAAAGAAGGGAACUCGCUUUGAAACUUAUUUAUAGAUGGUACCUAACAUAAUGAAAGCUAGUAUUGAUAUAUCCAGGAACUUCACCUAGGUGCUGGAGAGGUUGUUCCUCCAUGGGCACAUUCCUCCCUGUGUGGUGGGAAUGCCCCCAAAUCUGAUCCUUUCGGAUAUUAGUCUUACAAUAAAUUUGCAAAAUAACAAAACAGGUAAUAGAAACAAUUCCAGAACUAGUCCUACUCAAUAUCUUCCAAGACAAUUAUGUGCACUCACAUGACAAAGAAGUCACAAACCACUUACUCUCAGCUGCUAGGAGUGUCAUAACUAGACACGGGAGGGAUCUGUUGGGAGUGAACAUGGACCACUGGUACCAAACUGUCAGAGACCGUGCUGAGGAGGGCUGCACUGAGGAAGAAUGGUGGGAGCCACCCCCUUGCCCUGAUCCUGAUCCUGAAUCUUCCCAGGAGCAGGAGGACAGUAUAGAUUUGGAACAGUGGUUUGCAGAGGGGCAUGGUUCAGAAGGCAGAAGCUGGGAAAUACUGGAUAGGGAAUAGCUGGCAGAAGAAAUACUAGAAGAGAGAGAGUAAACAGACUCACAGUCUCUGGACAGCAUUCAUCCCCCUUCUCCAAAGACACGGAGAGCUCAGAAAGUGUUAGAACAGAAAGCGCAGAGGGAACAAGCUCAGAUUACAAGACAUAGGAGUGAUGUAGAUUAAUAGGGACGGGGGGUGCGCCUUAAUUGGGAGCACCACCAUUUCUAGGUAGACGUGUUCUUUUAUCUUUCACUGUGAUUAUUAAAGAAUCCAACUGGUAAGACAUUCUGUUCGUUUAAUCUUUUUAUUUACUGAUCUUUUUAUUUACAUGGGGACAAACACAGGAGGACACUUUUACCCCGAUGUGGCACCCCUUUAUUACAUAUGCAAGCCAGAAAUACAAUAAACCAACCCCACCCCUAGACAGCAUACAAAUCAAUAUGGUUAACUUGACCCACCCAACAACACACACCCCUCUCACACACAGACAAAACAUGCUGCAACCAACUCGCAACCAAACAUGCCCUGGGCCCUCUGGUCUCUUGCACCACCAUCAAGAAUAAGGUAACUGUUUAUAUGACACUGACACAAAAGCUUUGCUCAUAUACUAUGUAGAAGAAUGAUUUUUUACUGUCUUGCCCUUUACCUCCUUCUCCCUUCUUAUUUUUCUUUUCCCUCAACCCCUGUAACAGUAAUGUCUCACUCUGAAUAUGACUGAUUUGUUUGAAUGAUUCUGUGACUUGAAAACAGAGACUCUGAAUGUUCUAUUGUUACCCAAGAAAACCUUUUAAUAAAACUUCCCCCCCCCAAAAAAGAGAGUUCCAUGCGACAGACAGACAGGAGAGAUUAAGAGGCAGCAGUUUGCACACAAGGCUGCCUGGAGUGUUUGCUGUUGGACUGAAAUUUGAACUCAGGCCUUCUAAAGUACAAGGGCAGAUCGUCACACGAGUGCUUCGUUUCAAACAAGGGUGGCUCUAACUUGCAGCUCUCUGGAUGUUUGCUGGACUCCAAGCCCCAACAUCCCCAGCCAGCAUGGCCAACGGUCAGGGAUGAUGGGAGUUGUUGGUCAACAACAGGUUAGCAGCCCCUGAUUUAAAUACUCGGGAUACUAGGAGGUGCUCCUGUUGUCUGAUAUGCAGACAAAAUGCCUUUUAACCUCUCCUGGGGUAGCACAGAGAGGAGAUACCUUAAAACACAGAGAGAUGUGUGCCAGUGUUGAGGAAUGUACCCAUAAAUGUCCUUUAGUUGGCUCCAGACUUAGCUGAACAGCUUAGGUCCCACAGAAAUCACUGAAUCUACUUAAUCACAGCUUAAGUCCCAUUCAUUCCAAUGGGAAUGCAGGCCAGCUAACUUAUUCAGGGACUCAGCUGAUCAAUGCACCAAAGCAAAAAGGACCAAGACUGAGUAGGAUGGAAUGCCUUUUGGCUUGGAAAUUUGCCCAAGGUGGCCUCUUGGGCCCAGUAGAGAUGCCUGAUGGUCCACUGCUCUGAGCUUCCCCAUCACUGCCAUAAACCCACCAUCCAGACACAACCUUCUCCAGUCCCAUCACCAGGAACAUAGGAUACCAGGUCAGACCAUUGGUCCAUCUUGCUCAGUAUCACCUAUGCUGAGUGGCUCUUCAGGGUCUCAGGCAGAUGUUUUUCCCAGCUGUGAAUACAGUUGUUGGGGGACUGACCUAGGGACCUUCUGCAGGCCCCAACACUGAGCCAUGGCCCAGGAAGCUGGGCUUGUCCAUUGGCUGUGCAGAGAGACCUGCCUUUGCAAAUAACACACAAAAAGGAAUUAUAGUAGGAGAAACGGCUAGGCAAAAUGUGUGCAUUAGUCAAAACUGCAUACAAAAAUGUGUUUAAUUAGUUGAAAUCCACACUAGAAUGCUAAAGAAUUUUCAUGGUGGGGUUGUGUGGUUGGUUGUUGUUUUUUAAAGAUUCCAAAUUAACUGCAGAAAUCUGAGUAACUGGAAAGUGGAAAAAAUGAGAGAAAUGAAAUGAACAGAUUCUUCUCUCUAUUAUCAAAUGGAUUUGGAAAGUGGUGGACUCUCUUUCAAUGGAUGUUUUUAGACAGAAAUUGGAUGGCAGGGAUUCUUUAUCUGUAAUUCCCAGAUUGCAGGGGGUUGGACUUUACUUAUAUCAGCACAAUUCUAUGAUCCUAUGGAAGUGACGUUAGAGGCAGGGUGGGAUAAACACAUAAGAAAUCAGAACAAUGUACUUCACACAGACCCCCUUCUCACAUCGCCGCAUCCUGCCCAGCUUUCAGCGCAAACAAUUUACUGUUUAACUCUGGUUUCCAGGCUGCCUCAGAGCACUGAGAUCAAGGGGACCCCUGUUCCUGUCUCAUCCCACGCCCCCCACCACAAGCACAACGAGGGGAACGUGGAUACCUUUCUUGCGUCAGCGGCGCUUGUGCCUGAUGCGUGUGCCAUCCCACGCACCUCGUCACCUUGCUUCCUCUCUGGGCACAGUUUCCCUCUGCUGUAAGAAAGGGGGGGGGAGAGAGAGAGAGAUCCCAGUGAGGCUGAAGAGAUGGCUGUGUGCACCUAGCUUCCCCUUCACCCCCCCCCCCCGCCAUGCAGAAACAGAGAGAGGCAGGUGCUUCUCAAAGCCACAGUGGGUGGAUUCAGUCGCUUGGCUCAUGGCAGGUUAUUAUGUGGGAGGAGGGGCAGUUUCGGGACCAGCCAUUCAGGUUCUUGCAGGAGACCAGCCAAGACUUCAAGGUUCUAGUCCCAGCUGGGCACCUGACUCACUUUGACUAAGUCACUUAAGCCCAGAAGCUAAAGUUACACAAAGCAAGCACUGUCGUGACGUCCUGCCUCCUGAACCACAUUCUUCAGGAGGAGUCAGCUUUCGAGUUACAACAGAGGUCCUUCUCACUGCUUCCCCCUUUCUGUGAGGACCAAACCAUAAGGCUGCGACGAGGGAGCAGGCAAAAGGAGCAGUUGGGGUGACUUCCUUUCUAGCCUUAUCUGAUACUAGGAGCAUCAGGGACACUGCAAGAGUCAAACGACAGCAGGAUUUUUUAUUUUGUGAAGCAAUUGCUUGGACACAAAGGGGGACAUGGGACAAGUCCAUUGCAGGGCACUGCCCCAUAAGCCUCAAGCCUGCCUCAGUCAGCUCCUACUUGCCUCCCUUCUUACAACAUAAAAGCAGCAGGAGAGCCUGCUGGAUUAGCCAAUGGCACAUUUACUCCAGCAUCCUAUUCUCACAGGGACCGACCAGGGGAAUCCGCGAGCAGGAUUUCAGCACCAGAGCACUCUUCCCCCAUAGCUCUCCCCCAUCUCUCCCCAUACCCUUAUUUGGCGGGACAGUCCCUUAUCCCAGCGCCAUGUCCCGCUGCUGUCCCUUAUUGAUGUCCCUUAAAUUUCCCGGGUUUCAAAGGAAGCAGCUCCUCUCCCUCCCUCCCUGCCGGUCAGGGAGGAGGGAGGCUCCAGCUGUGUUGUUUGGCUGCGUUGCUCACCCAAUAAGGAGUCUAAGGAUGACUGGGGGGUGGAGCUUGCAUGCCUUGUGCCGAUCAAAUCGGCCGCGUUGCCUGGGGACUUGCCUUUGCUCAGCGCUUCCCAGCGGAGAGGUGACAGUGGUUUUCCUUGCUGCAUCCCCUUUGCUGGGUUGCAGCGCUAUGGGAACCACCACUUGAGGCUUCAUUUGGCUGCUGGUUGACUAAAAUCCCUUAUUUUGGCUGUCGAUCCCUUAUUUUAGAGGCUGCUGGUCCCUUAUUUUCAAAUCUGUAAGUUGACAGCUAUGCUCUCCCCUCCCGUGGCUUCAAGCAAGUGGUCUUCAGAAGGUGUUUCCAGCUGUGGAGGCAGAGCAUAGCUCUCAUGGCCAGUAGCUAUUGAUACCCCUGGGCCAUCCAUGAAUUUGUCCAAUCAACUAAAUGGGUGGCCGUCACUGCCUCUAGUGGGAGGGAGUUCCAUAGUUUAACAAUGCACCGCAGGAAGAUAAUUCUUUCUUUUGUUAUCUGUCCUGAUUAUCCUCCUCCUCCUCCUCCUCUUCCUCCUCCUCUUCUUCUUUUUUUCCCCUUUUUUUAUAAUUUUUUAUUAGAAACUUAAACAUAACAUUAUAUCUGAAAACAUAAUAUCCUUAAUUUUCCCCCAUUUUCCUCCCUCCCCCCACCCUCCCAUACCCCCCCCCGACUUCCCUCAGUUCCAGUCUUUGGUUUCUCUAUGAAUGCUAUUCUCUGCAUGUUGCAAAAUUGUAUAACUCCUUAAUUUCCUGAUUAUCCUUUCAACAUUCAGCUUCACUGGAUGCUCGUGAGUUCUAGUGUUAUGAGAAAAAGAAAAGAAAAGAAAACUUCUCUAUCUGCUUUCUCCAUGCCAUGCAUAGUUUUUAUAAACUUAUGAUAUCACCUGUCCAGCGGGUGGCCCUGCCUUUUAGCUUCCUUCCCAGUUUGCCCUUGUAGAACUCAGCAAGGAGUAGAAUGGGACAAACCUAGAAUUAGUCAGUUUGACUUGACAUUGGCUCUGGCUCUACGUACUGUUGACCUCCCUGCUCCAGGGAAGAGUUAUAGCACUAGUGUUCCUUAUAAGUUUGCAGGAAAGGUUUGACUGAGUUUGGGAAAGGUGGCAAUGGUACUUAACAUCCACCCACACCCACACACUCACAGUUCCUCUGUAUUGCAAAGGGGGUACAGUCCAGUGGAGGUCUGCACCACAUUUCCAGAUGAACAUGUUAAUCAGUUCUCAAUUGUCAAUUUUUCAUGGUUGACUCUCUCCUUAUUAAACUUGCAAUGUCCCAUCAAUUAGUCAAUCAAGUGGCAGGGUGGGAUCCAGCUCAGAAAAGACCUGGACAAACAUUAAAAGGCGUGAUAAUAGAUAGAAGAGAUCGUAAACCAGUGUGGUGCAGCAACUGGAGUGUAGACCAAGAGCUGGCAGACCAGGGUUCAAGUCCCUACUAGUCCACCAUGAAACUCAUUGGGUGACUUUGGACUGGUCACAGUCUCUCAGCUUAAUCUACCUCACAGGUUUGCAGUGAGGACAGAAUGGAGAGGGAUCAUUAUUAAUAAUGUGCAAAGGUAUGGGUUUUUUUGGGGGGGGGGUUGUGUGUGUGCACAAAACACUCCAUCUCUGAUGGUGCAACCUGGAUUUGCUAGGAUGUUAUUUAAUCCCACUGGAAAAUAACAAGAGUCUGGAAAUGCCCUUAUGCCAUCUUCCUCUGGACACACGAUCCCUGAAGCAGCAGCCACUGACAAUUAAGCCACUAAACUCCGACCCUCAGGAUUGUGGCAGUCCUCCCCUGCUGAUUUCUGAGGCGUUUGCUCUGUUCAGCUGUGUAUCUCUGGACCUGGGUUUCUGGGAACUGCUGUGUACAAAGCAGAAGCAAAGUUGAGUCAUGCUCCUUCCUGUAAAGUGCAACAUUUGACUUGUCAAUCUCACCCACAAGGGUUGUUAUCUUCAUCCCUCCCAAUUUACCUUACUAAACAGGGAAAGCCCCUAUUUUCUUCUAUCUGUCCCUGAUUAAUCAUUGUCCCUAUUUUGCUUUGGGAGAAUGCCUUCGCCUAUUAUUAUUAUUAUUAUUUAAUUUUAUAUAAAGUUUAAACAGAAAGUAGCAAUAAAAAAGAAAGCACAGUUUUGAUAAACCAGUAACAGAACGGUAAAUAAUGAAAACCGCUUCUCCUCCUCCCUCCCUGUCACCUUUUCCUUUCAUGUCUGUUCAGCUAUGUACACAUUCCCGUUUCCUUCAGCUCCAGUGCACUCCCAACCGCUGGCAUUUGCAGUCAAGUAUACAUGAUGCCGGGACGCAGGUGGCGCUGUGGGUUAAACCACAGAGCCUAGGGCUUGCCGAUCUGAAGGUCGGCAGUUCGAAUCCCCAUGACGGGGUGAGCUCCCAUUGCUUGGUCCCUGCUCCUGCCAACCUAGCAGUUUGAAAGCACGUCAAAGUGCAAGUAGAUAAAUAGGUACCGCUCUGGCGGAAAUGUAAGCGGUGUUUCCGUCCGCUGCUCUGGUUCGCCAGAAGCGGCUUAGUCAUGCUGGCCACAUGACCUGGAAGCUGUAUGCUGGCUCCCUUGGCCAAUAAAGCGAGAUGAGUGCUGCAACCCCAGAGUCAUCCGCGACUGGACCUAAUGGUCAGGGGUCCCUUUACCUUUACCUUUAUACAUGAUGCCAGCCACAAUCCAUAAUGCAUCCUGUCGUUUCCUGAGAAAUACUGCUGUUUGAUGUGUUUCCUAUUAAACCAGCUUCCAUUUGAUUUGAAAACACCAGGUCCAGGUUAAGCCAAGGUGUAUACAGUUCAGACAGCCAUUGCACAUGUGCAGAUGAAAGUGUAUGCUCAGAUUUCGACUCCCUUGAAUUGGAGCUCAGGGCAGUUGCAGGCUUGCAGAAACAAAUUGGGUAAUGUGAAUCGAGUGUAGACACCCCACCCCAGUCUCUGAUGUGUGCAACAAGACUUGAAAUGCAGCAGGAGGGAACAACGACCUUGCUGUGUCGUAAGCCAGCCACUAAUGUCUACAUAUCCUUAGACUGUAAACCUGUGAGCACGGGCUGCCUUGUUUCAACUGAUUGUAUGUCAGCCACUGAAGGAGCCUUUUAAAUAUGAACCGCAGGGUAGAAAUACUCAAAAUAAACAAACAUUUAACCACUAGUGAUUGAACAAUUGAUAUCAUCAGGCAAUUAAACGUUUAGUGAAAUGGCAUAAUCAUGACCCUGGCUUAUUCUUACAUGUGAAUAUGUGGCAAUGACGUGUCUCCUUUGCUUGCUCAUCUGUAACACACUGGCCUGCUCUGAAGCAAACCCCUUGUGAAAUAUAGCUCUUAGGUCAGGGUGAGGAAGAGGCAAAAUAGGCACAUUACUUCUGGUUCCAUAUACCACCCGCCCCCCUUUUAUCUGGUGACAAUACAUAUAAAUGUAGGAUCUAUGUAAGUUGCAGAAAAUUCACAGGGGGAGUUACACACCCCCACACCCACACCCCCACACCCUCACUGCCAAGAUGGAGCGGAAGAAGGCAAAAUCCUGGCAGUGGCAGGUCCUUCAUCUGCUAGGAAGGACCCCUGUUGUGGAGAGGUCUAUAGAGACAGAGGUUUUCUCCAUUCACCUGUUUGAGGAGAGAUUUAAGGCUAAUGUUCCUUUUUUCCACCCCGCCAGGCAUCCAGCUGAUGACAGGAAGACAAGAGUUCAAAGGUACCAACAUCUGCGCCCGGGAAGCAGCUUUCAUGCCUACGUUUGGGGGAAAGUGUGGGUGGAACAGACAGUCUCUCCGCUCCAAAGUGAGAGAGUUGCUUUAAUUUGAACCAGUUUUCUUUCCCUGCAGGCUCUGUUGCCAGGUGGGUCCCUCGACAGAGACAAACAUCAGGAGGGCUUUGCUAGAUCUGGGCAGUGGUCCAUCCACUCCAACAUCUUGUCUCUUACAAUGGACAAUCAGGUGCCUCUGGGAAGCCCACCCAGUGUGGCACAAAAGUAGCCCUCUCCCCGCACUGUUGCCUUCCAAUAAUAAUAAUAAUAAUAAUAAUAAUAAUAAUUUAUUAUUUGUACCCCGCCCAUCUGGCUGGGUUUCCCCAGCCACUCUGGGCGGCUUCCAUAGAAACCAAAAAUACAGUAAAAUAUCACAGAUUAAAAACUUCCCUGAACAGGGCUGCCUUAAGAUGUCUUCUAAAUGUCAGGUAGUUAUUUACCGCUUUGACAUCUGAUGGGAGGGCGUUCCACAGGGCGGGCGCCACUACCGAGAAGGCCCUCUGCCUGGUUCCCUGUAGCUUUGCUUCUCACAAUGAGGGAACCGCCAGAAGGCCCUCGGCGCUGGACCUCAGUGUCCGGGCAGAACGAUGGGGGUGGAGACGCUCCUUCAGGUAUACUGGGCCGAGGCCGUUUAGGGCUUUAAAGGUCAGCACCAACACUUUGAAUUGUGCUCGGAAACGUACUGGGAGCCAGUGUAGGUCUUUCAAGACUGGUGUUAUAUGGUCUCGGCGGCUGCUCCCAGUCACCAGUCUAGCUGCCGCAUUCUGGAUUAGUUGUAGUUUCCGAGUCACCUUCAAAGGUAGCCCCACGUAGAGCGCAUUGCAGUAGUCCAAGCGGGAGAUAACCAGAGCAUUAAUAUUUUGGGAGCUUAUUAUUUUAUUGUAUUUCUAUCCCACCUUCCCUCCAGGGAACUGAAGGUGUCAUACCUUCAGGUUCUCCCUUCCCUCUCCAUGUGAUCCUCACCAAUGACCCUGUGAGGUAGGUUAGGCUGAGAGACGGUGACUUGCCCAGGAUCACCCAGUGAACUUCAUGGUUGAGUCAGGACUCGAACCCAGGUCUGAGCGGCCCGGGUUCGAGUCCUGCUUAACCAUGAAGUUCACUGGGUGAUCCUUGGCCAGUCACCAUCUGUCAGCCUAACCUACCUCCUAGGGGGACUGGCAGCAGAAUGUUCAAGUGUGAAAUGCUCUUGCCCAGAGUUCCAGCCAGCCAUCCCCUCCUGUGAUACUCUAUUCCACCACCCACUUCCAGUUUUCCAUUUCCCCUCCAAGACUCAGGUCAUGUUGCCACUGAGCACUGACAGUCCUUGCUGGUCCGUUGUUGUUUUUAUUGUAAUCCUCAUUUUAAGACUUUUUUCCUAACUUCCCUGCCCGCCUCCAGUAUUCUGCAAACCUCAGGGUUUCCCCAAACAUGCCAAAAUCUCCUCUGUGUGUGUGUGGUUCCAUUUUGGCUCCACUGGCACUGGCACUCACACCUGAACAUUGGAAACAGUGUGAAUGAUAGACAUCUCCUCCCCCACGAAUUACGCUAAUCUCUUUUUUAAACCAUUUAAGCCAGCAGGCGUCACCACUUCUUGCAAUAGCAAAUUUCAUCAGUUUGUGAUACGUUGCACGAAUCUAUUGUUUGUCACGUGUGAUUUGUAUGUUGGCUACUGUUUCCUUCUGCUGGUUUUUAAUAGGUUUCAUUUUUAUUGUAACUGUGUGUGCUUUAUUGUCGUUAGCUGUCUUGGACAGCUAAGCGGGGAAAGGCGGGAUAAUGUUUAAGGUAAUAAUACUUUAAAAUAGAUAAAUAUGGAUGGGGGGAAAUAGGUGCAUUUGCUCAUACUGAGGUGAGCUCUGUUGUGGUUCCUCUGCUAGUUCUCUGCAUGCUCUCUGUCCUGCCCAUUUAUAGACCACAUGCAUACUAUAUCUUGAAUGUCCAUUUAAAGCACAAAAUGGCCUCUGCCCAAGAAUCCUGGGAACUGUAGAAGAGUUUGGAUUUGAUAUCCUUCUUUAUCACUACCCGAAGGAGUCUCAAAGAGGCUAACAUUCUCCUUUCCCUUCCUCCCCCACAACAAACACUCUGUGAGGUGAGUGAGGCUGAGAGACUUCAGAGAAGUGUGACUAGCCCAAGGUCACCCAGCAGCUGCAUGUGGAGGAGCGGAGACGCGAACCCGGUUCACCAGAUUACGAGUCUACCGCUCUUAACCACUUCACCACACUGGCUCUGUAGUGUGUUAAGGGAGGGAUAGCUCAGUUCGUAGAGCAUGAGACCCUUAAUCGCAGGUUUGUGGGUUCGAGUCUCAUGUUGGGUGAAAAAUUCCUGCACUGCAGGGGGUUGGACUAGAUGACCCUCAUGGUCCCUUCCGGAUCUGCAAUUCUGUGAGGGGUAAGAUUACAGUUCAGUGGAAGAAGCCAAGUGCUUUAAAUCCCUGGUGUGAAUGUGACCACAGAACAAAGUGACGAGUGUCAAAGCAGAAGUUGCUGCUUGGAUUUCAGUACCAUUUUGUACACUGUUUGCCUAAACUUUCUUCGUCAUUAGGAAGAGUUGGGAAAGGAAGCAGGUGAUAUUCCUAUCCUGUUUGGUGCUGGAUUGUCAGAACAGAAGAAGGACCCUUCACCAAAUGCCUGUCACAAGCCAACAUCCUGUUAUCACAGUGGCCAACCAGAUGCACAUGGGAAGCCCAGAAGCAGAACCUCAGCACAACAGCAGCUUUUCCAAGAGAACUGUAUUCAGAGGCACACACUGAUUCCAUGA